GCGGCGAUUCGUUGCCUAGUUCCUCGUUUCCCUUCUGUUGAUUUUUUUGAUCCUAAUUUCUUCGCGGCGUCGCUAGGGUUUUGCGGUUGUGCUUGUUCCGGAAGUGGGUGCGGAAUCUGAAAAGUUUUCGGAUUUGGCGAAUGUUUGGCAGCAGGUGCGAUUUCCGUGAGCUGCUUCCGGGGGAUUCGAGAUGGCGGCGGAGCCGAAAGCGGCGGCGGAGGACGCGAAGAACGAUCUGUUCGAGGACGACGACGAGUUCGAGGAGUUCGAGAUCAAUGAAGAGUGGGAUGCUCAGGAAGAGGUAACAGAAGCGCCCCAGCAGUGGGAGGAUGAUUGGGACGAUGACGAUGUGAGCGAUGAUUUUUCUCUGCAGCUAAGGAGAGAACUGGAAAAUGCUGCCAAGAGCUGAAGAUUGACCUAGGAAUUCUGGAUUGUCGCUCCUAGUUUGUUUUUUUUUUUGGUCGGAAUGUCGCUCCUAGUUUAAGGUGUUGGUUUAGUAAUCAUCUUUAACUUAGUUUCCCUCGCAAAACAAACUCUGUACCUUCGCGUGUUUAGCUAGAAUCUUCCGCAUCCCCUCUUGUUAAGAGAUUGAAAUUCUGAAUUUUAGCUCUUUUGCUGCU